CUCAAGCAAGAUCGUGAAGCUGUGGCUAUUUUUGCUUUGGUCUUCACUUUCUAUCUAUAUAUAAGACACUGAAUACAGGAUCCCUCUUUUAUGCAACUCUUAAUGCCAUAGCAUACUUUUACAUGGUUUGCUCUUGGGGAGGCUACACAUUUAUUAUUAACCUGAUUCCAAUGCAUGUGCUUCUCUGCAUUGUAACUGGUCGCUACUCAUCUCGUUUAUACAUUGCAUACGCUCCUGUGGUCUUGGGAACAUUGUUAGACGCUUUGGUGCCGGUAGUUGGAUUCAAUGCAGUCAUGACAUCAGAACAUUUUGCAUCCUUCUUGGUUUUUAUUAUUAUACAUGUGGUCGCUUUCGUAUGCCAUACCAAAGAGAUUCUCUCUCCAAAAAUGUUCAAAGUGACUGACCCAGAGACUUUUGUGAGGAGAGCGAUAGGAUGAUGAUGAUGAAGAAUACCAAAAUUAUCAAGUUCAAGGAUCACAUGAGAUAGAAGCAUUAAGAAAUAGAAUAGCAGCAAGUUUGAUGAAUGCAUCUAAUUAGACUACUUUCAAGUACAUUAACAAUAUUGUACUAAUGAAUCAUAGCGAUUCAGUCU